UAUCUCCUAUGUUUCAUCUCACAGAAUUUUACCACCGUUUCUUUACACCUCGUUGGAUACAGCCAUUAGCAAAUUUAACUUAUGGAGUUUACAUAGUACAUUUUAUAUUUCUUAUAUCUGACAUGGGACAAACAAAAACUGCAAAAACGUUUAGCGUUUUUAAAUCAAUAUUGGAAACCAUUCCGGUGCUGCUACUUUCUUACAUGAUUUCUUUACUUCUUGCAAUAUGCAUCGAGAUGCCAUUUAAAAGUUUAACAAAAUGGUUAUUCCUUAAAAACAACACACCUAAUAUAAAUGAGAGGAUACCCGGGAACAAAGUAAUAAAAAUGGAAUGAUUAUGUUAUGUCUAGAUUUCGCCAAGGACGAAAAAUUGGAGAAAGCACGAUUAUUUUUCGUGAUCCAAGUUUUCUUGUAAAUGGGAGUCGAUCAAGCGCCGCGGUCGCAGCGCGACGCCGAGUACAUAUGAAACACAAACGACCGUGGUAGCUUUUCCGGAAUUUCGGAGGAUCGAUUGGUUUUCCGAGUCAAAUAUCUCAAGCAUGGAAAUUAUAAUCAACAAUCCGAUAACAUUUUUCUUAUAUAAUGUCUAUCUUACAUAUAAUUUGCAACAAGCCCGAUCAAGAUUGAUGCAGGAAAUAAAGAGAUCUCGAAAUCUCAUCUACAAAAAGGUCCUUUUCUUUCGCGAAGAAUUUUAAAAUUUCAGAUCUCACAUAUAUGCACACAAGCAAAUCGAGUUUGUUCAUGAAGCUGCAUUUGCACUGCCACGCGAUGUCAGCUUCAGAUUACACGUAUAUGCACGGACACAAGUAAUGCGAGUUUAUUAUCAAAUGUGUUUGCAACAUACAGGUUGAAAUAAAAUAAGCAUUUCAUUA